AUGCCUGGCGCGGCGGUGGCAGGGCGCGCCCUCCCCUCUGAGGCAACUCUGCUGGCUGGCGGCAAGCCCUGGGAGAAGAAGCCUGCCACCUACAACAAGCCGUUGAUCGGCAUUCUAGCGCAGGCCUGCCAUUACUGCCCCGGCCGUAGCUAUGUGGCUGCUGGCUUUGUCAAGUGGAUUGAGGCUGCAGGCGCCCGCGCCGUGCCCAUCCGGUUCUACAACUCCGAGCAGGAGCUGCACCGCAUCUUCAAGUCGGUCAACGGCAUCAUCUUUCCGGGGGGGCUUACGGACCUGUGGCAGGACUCGCCCUACGUGAUCGCUGCGCGCAAGCUGUGGCAGUGGGCCAAGGAUGCCAACGAUGCGGGCGACGUGUUCCCCAUCCACGGCACCUGCCUGGGCUUCCAGCUGCUGCACAUCCUGGAGGCGAAUGUGUCGUUCACUCAGCUGCUGGUGGACACAGACUCGGUGGCCCACCCAUACACUCUGGACUUCACUGACGCCGUCAAGGAGUCAACCAUGUUUGGAGGCCUGGCCGACGACCUGAUUGAGAAGCUGGGGGAUUCGCAGUACAACAUCUCCAUGGAGAACCACAUGUUUGGGCUGCCCCCCGCCCACUAUGACAAGUGGCCGCUGCUGCGCCAGAACUUCAACAUGGUGUCGACCAGCAAGGACCGCAACGGCGUGGAGUAUGUGUCCUCCGCAGAGCACAAGCACUACCCCUUCUUCGCCACGCAGUGGCACCCCGAGAAGCCGCCAUUUGAGUUUGGCAUGCACGAGAUCCCUCACACCCUGGACGCAAUCCUCGUCUCCCAGCACCUGGCCAACUCGUUUGUGGACACGGCCCGCCGCUCCUCUCACCGCCCCGAGUCCCCCGAGCAGGAGCUGGAGCUGAUGAUUUACAACUGGAAGCCCUACUUCACCCUCAAGGACUCUGUGAUGGACCCCUCCUAUGACGGCCCCGACAUGUGCUAUUUCUUCGAUCGCCCCGACGAUGAGGCGCCUGAGAACAGCCUGACCGGCCGCUCCGCCGCCGUCAAGUCCUUUGCUGGCCACCUGUCGGCGGCAGGCCAGCCCAAGGGCGAGCCCACGCUGCAGCUGGCCAUGGCCUGA